AUGGAGGAGGGCCUGAAAGGCGGCAGCAGCUACUGCCGCGGCAGCUGCGACGCGCGCUCCGGCUCCUACCGGCGCCCAUCCCUGGAGUCCCAGGCACCGCCAAGCACCAGCAGCGGGACGGUGCGCAGUGUGCUGCCCCGGGCCCCGCUGCCCUCCUCCAUCCCGCGCGCGGCCUCCUUCGUCAAGGUGGAGGGCUUCACCGCGGGCGUCGCUUCUCAAGGUGAAGGCGGUGCUUGGGCGGCCGCCCCGUCCACGCCUCUGCCCAUCAGCCCCCGCGGCGGCGGCGCCGCCGCCUCGAGCCCCUCCCCGCCCCAUGUACUGGCGAGCCUGCUGACGCGCCAGCUGUCUCUCAGCGCGGGCCGCAGCCCCGACUCCCUCCUCUUCCCCCAGCUCGCCACGCGCGGCGGGCCGGCGGCAGCGCCCGCCGGCACGCCGGGCGGCAGCGAGAGCGCCGCGGCCCCGCGCCCCGCCCCCGCUCGCCCCUCGGCGCCCCCGCCCCGAGACCUGCUGGCGCGCCACGCCGCGCGCUGGCCGGCCUUCGCGGCGCCCGUCGUGCAGAGGGCCUGGACGGCUGCGGCCGCCGCGCUGGAGGUGGAGGCCCUGCUGCUGGCUGCGGAUGCCGCCGCGUGCCUGGCCGCGCUGGGCGCCGCGCCCGCAAUCGUGGCCGCCGCGCUGCUGCACGCCGCGCCCCGGGGCGUGGUCGACGCCGCCGGCGCGGAGGUGGCGGAGACGGCCGGGCUGGAGGACGCGGCCUUCGGGGCGCUGGCCCCACGCGCCGCGGGCGCGCUGGCGUCGACGCUGGCCGCUGCGCAGGCGCCGGCCGCGCUGUGCGCGCUGCGCGCCGAGCUCGCGGCCCUGCUCGCCCGCGCGGACGUCCGCACGCUGGAGAUCGCGGCGCGGCCCAAGCACCUUGCCGGCGUGGCGGGGAAGAUGGCCGCGCGUGGGCUGGCCGACGCGCGGCUCGUCGCCGACGCGCGCGGCCUGCGCGUCGUCGUCGACGGCGGCAAGGACGCGUGCUACCGCGCGCUGGCCGCGGUCCAGCGCGCUUGGGGCGAGGCCGCGCCGCACAAGGACUACGUGCGCUCGCCCAAGCCCAACGGAUACCGCUCCCUGCACGCCAUCCUGCACGCGCCGGGGGGAGGGUUGGUGGAGGUCCAGGUCCGCUCCGCCAAGAUGCACUUCCUGGCCGAGUACGGGACGGGGACUGCGCACUGGCAGUAUAAGGAGGGCGGCAAGGGGCUGAGCAGGCGGCGCCAGGAGGCACGCCCGCCCCGACGCGCCUGUAUCAGAGGCCUCCUGGGCCAAUUGGCGAGCUCGCCCACGCCUCACGUCGCCAGCCCCCGGUCCUUCUGGGGCCUGGAUGGUGCGGUGGCCAGCAACAGCUGCCCGCCCUUGCCCUCGGCCAGGCCCCAGGGGUCGCCGCCCAGCCCUCCCCUGGACGCGCGUUUCGAAGCCUACCUCCUGGCCUCGGGCCAGAAGCCGGUGCCCCCCGCCCCGGAGCGCGUACUGGUGGAGGCCGGCACCACCCUGGCGCGGCUGGCCAAGAGCCUGGGCGGCCGCGUCACGGUCACGCGCGGCGGCCUGGCGCUGAACAGUGCAGCCGGCCUCCGGCUCUGCAUGGGGGACAUGGUGAGGCUCGUGCAGACAACAGCCCCCGCCCCGGUGGUCUCCAACCCAACCCUGCCCCAGCCGGAGCCCCUGGCCGCCCCCCCGCGCAGCAGCAACACCGUGGUGCCCUUCCCCUUUCCCACCACGCUGCCGCGUGUGGCGACCACCCCGUCCACGGCAGUGGCCGCGGCGUGA